AUGUCCUCCACUCUGAAACUGAAACCCGCGUCUGUUUGUUCCCGCCUUUUUGGCGUUGGCUCUGUACAAACACAAACACAGAUAUGGCACAAGUUGAAGUCACCCACUCACCAAACCCUUCACCAUCUCUUGGAUCAAUGUUUCUCCUUGAGACAACUCAAGCUUGUACAUGCCCAGAUCAUUCUCCAUGGACUUGCUGCCCAAGUUGUCACCUUAGGCAAGCUAGUCUCUCUUUGCGUUCAAGAGGGAGAUCUCCGUUACGCACACUUUCUGUUCGAUCAAAUUCCCCAACCCAAUAAAUUCAUGCACAAUCAUUUAAUAAAGGGCUAUUCGAAUAUUGAAGACCCAAUAAACUCUUUGUUGCUCUACCGCCAAAUGGUGAGGGCGGGCCUUAUGCCAAACCAAUUCACAUUCCCCUUUGUUUUCAAGGCUUGUGCUGCCAAACCCUUGUACUGGGAAGCUGUUAUCAUUCAUGCCCAGGCCAUUAAGCUGGGAAUGGGAUACCAUGCCUGUGUGCAAAACUCAAUUUUGACUGUCUACGUUGCUUGCCGUCUGAUACCAAGUGCACGGCAAGUGUUUGAUGAUAUUUCUGAGAGGACUUUGGUUUCGUGGAAUUCUAUGAUUGCUGGGUAUUCUAAAAUUGGCCAUUGUCGUGAUGCUGUUUUGUUGUUUGAAGAAAUGCGACGGUUGGAAGUGGAGCCUGACGUGUUCACGUUUGUUAGCUUGCUUGCUGUUUCGUCAAAGAAUGGUAAUUUGGAUUUGGGAAGAUCUGUGCAUCUUUAUAUCAUUAUUGCUGGUGUUGAAAUUGAUUCAAUUGUGACCAAUGCCCUCAUAGAUAUGUAUGCCAAGUGCGGGCAUUUGCAAUGUGCUAAACGUGUUUUUGAUCGAAUGCUUGAUAAAAAUGUUGUUUCUUGGACAUGUAUGGUUAAUGCUUACGCUAAUCAUGGGCUUAUUGAUACUUCUGUGCAAAUUUUUAAUCAGAUGCCAGUGAAGAAUGUGGUUUCUUGGAAUUCAAUAAUUUGGUGCCAUGUUCAAGAAGGGCUGUACAUGGAAGCUAUGGAACUUUUCUACAGGAUGUGUACUUCGGGUGUGAUGCCUGACGAUGGUACACUUGUUAACAUUCUUUCAUGCUGCAGUCACAUGGGUGAUCUGGCAUUGGGAAGACAAGCCCAUAAUUACAUUUGUGAUAAUAAUAUUACAGUGAGUGUGACUCUUUUUAACUCCCUAAUAGACAUGUAUGCAAAAUGUGGUGCUCUUCAGACUGCUAUGGACAUCUUCUUUGGGAUGCCUGAGAAGAAUGUGGUGUCAUGGAACGUUAUUAUUGGGGCACUUGCUCUGCAUGGUUUAGGGGAAGAGGCAAUUGAGAUGUUCAGGAGGAUGCAAGCUGGUGGGCUCUGUCCUGAUGAGAUUACCUUCACAGGGUUACUUUCUGCUUGUAGUCACAGCGGUCUUGUGGACAUGGGGCGAUAUUACUUCGACAUAAUGAGUUCUACGUUCGGGAUUUCUCCUAAUCUUGCUCAUUAUGCAUGCAUGGUUGAUCUUUUAGGACGUGGGGGAUUCAUUGAAGAAGCAAUGACCCUGAUACCAAAGAUGCCUGUUAAACCAGAUGUUGUCGUUUGGGGUGCUUUGCUUGGUGCUUGCAGGACCUAUGGGAAUCUGGAGAUUGCAAAGCAAAUCAUGAAGCAGUUGCUGGAGUUGGGACGAUAUGAUUCAGGGCUCUAUGUGCUUCUCUCAAACAUGUAUUCAGAGUCUCAAAGAUGGGAUGACAUGAAAAAGAUUAGAAAAAUAAUGGAUGACGGCGGGAUACAAAAAUGUAAAGCAAUUAGCUGCAUUGAAAUCGGUGGCUGUUGCCAUCAAUUCAUGGUGGAUGACAAAAGACAUGGUACUUCAACCACUAUAUACUCCAUGCUGGAUCAAUUAAUGGAUCAUCUAAAGUAUGUAGGAUUUCCUUGUAAAUCUUUUGAUGUGGACGACAUAUAA